AUGAAUGAUGGCGAUCUAAAGAAGUUCAUUGGUAUAUUAGAAAAAGGUGAAAAGAUUCCAGAAUCAGACGUAGUUAUGUUACUCACUAUGAUCAUGCAAGAACUUUAUAGCGAAUCUAACGUUUUAUUAUUAGAUUCUCCUAUUGUUAUUGUUGGUGAUAUUCACGGCCAGUUAGAUGAUAUGCUCUAUAUGUUUGAAGUUGCUGGUGACAAUCCAGAGCAAAAAUAUCUCUUUAUGGGAGAUUUUGUUGAUAGAGGCUACCACUCACUCAAUACAUUUCUUCUUCUUGUUGCCAAGAAACUCCUAUACAGAGGAAAGUACUAUUUACUACGAGGAAAUCAUGAAUCAAGGCAAGUUUCACAAAUGUAUGGUUUUUACAAUGAAUGCUUAAUGCUUUAUGGCAAUGCAGGCAUAUGGACUCUUUGCAAUGAUGUAUUUGACCUCCUUCCAAUGGCUGCUAUCAUAGAUAAUGAGGUUUUCAGCGUUCAUGGAGGAUUAUCACCUGAACUACCUCUUAUUGAGCAAAUUAACUCAAUAAACAGACAAAACGAACUCGGCUCUACAGGCCCUUUAGGCGAUCUUUGCUGGAGUGACCCAGAUACGAUACAAUUUUGGCGUCAGAACCAACGUGGAGCUGGAUAUAUAUUCGGCGAAGACCAAACAAAGGAGUUUUUGCAUACAAACGGUCUCAGCCUCAUUACAAGGUCUCAUCAGCUUGUUAUGGAAGGAUGCAAGUGGUAUUUCGAUAAUCAAUUAAUUACUGUUUGGUCGGCUCCAAAUUACGGUUACAGAUCUGGAAAUAUCGCUUCUGUAAUGAAAUACGGUUUCGAUCCAGCCGAAAUGAGAAAAUUAAUAUUCUUUGACCCUGCAAAGAACAGAAUUACUCCAACUGAAGAGAACAAAGUUUCAAAUUAUUUUGCUUAA